AUGUUAUCUUUGGUGUUUUUCUCUCUGAUCCUGGAGUUUUUCUUGCUUUUAAGCAUGACACAUCCCAAGUGCUUUUGGAGAAAUGAAAAGAAGGAUGGAGUUGUGGAGGAUGAUUGUUUUUUUUACAUUUAUACAAGACAGGGUCCACUGGUGCAUGAUCAUUUCAGUGAAAAUAUAGAUGUUCAAUUGACAACCAAGAACAUCCACUUGAUUUUGUCUCUAUAUUUUGCAAUAAAACAAAUAAACAGGGACAUUCAUGUUUUACCCAAUACUUCUCUGAUAGUUACGGUCGCGUGUGCUAAAAAGAAAGAUCUGAAAAUAACUAGCAUAUUCUCAAACAGAGAUGUAAUUCUUCCUAACUACAACUGUAGACGAGAAAGAAGAUUGUUAAGUGUACUUACAGGACCAAGGUGGUUUUCAUCUGUUAUACUUGGGCCACUCAUGUACAUCUUUGCAGUACCACAGCUUCACUAUGGGCCAUUUCAUCCUCUCCUGAGUGACCAGGAACACUGUCCUUAUCUGUACCAGAUGUCUCCAAAGGACACUUUUCUGACUGUGGCCAUGACGGCCUUGGUGGUUUAUUUUAGCUGGAAUUGGGUAGGACUAGUUGUUUCAGAUGAUGACCCAGGCAUUCAAUUUCUCUCUGAAUUGAGAGGAGAGAUGCACAGACACAGAGUCUGUUUAGCCUUUGUGAAUAUGAUCACAGAAAAUAUACAGUUAUACCAGAAAAGAACUGCAAAGUAUAAUAACCAGAUCAUGAUGUCAUCAGCAAAAGUUAUUAUCAUUUAUGGGGACACAGACACUCUAACGAUACACUUUAGACUAUGGCAACAUUUAGGCAUUCAGAGACUCUGGAUCACCACCUCACAGUGGGACAUGACUACAAAUAGAGGAGACUCCCCAUUCAACUCCUUCCACGGGAUUUUCAUUUUUUCACAUCGUCAUUCUGAGAUUUCUGGUUUUAAAAAAUUCAUCCAGACAGAGCACCCUUCCAACUACAAUAAAGAUACUUCCCUUGCCAGGUUAUGGUGGAUGUAUUUUAACUGUUCAUUGUCAGCUCAUUGUAAGACACUGAAAAAUUGUUCAACCAAACUCCUACUAGAAUGGUUAUCUAGGCACCAGUUUGAAGUGUCCAUGAGAGAGACAAGUUACAACUUAUACAAUGCUGUUUAUGCUGUGGCUGGUGCACUUCAUGAAGUACUUGUUCAACAAAUAGAACAUUGGCCAAGGAAUACUGGGAAAGGACUUGAAAUUUACUCCUGGCAGAUGGCCCCUUUUCUAAAGAAUAACGAACUUACAAAUCCUUCUGGAUAUCAGUUCAACAAGAAUCAUAAAGGAAAACUGAAUACAGAAUAUGACAUUCUCUACGGUAUGAAUUUUCUACCAGGUCUUGGACUUAAGGUGAAAAUAGGAAAAUUUUCCAAACAUUUCCUGCAUGGUCAGCAAUUAUAUAUGACUGAAGACAUGAUAGAGUGGGCCCUGGACGUUAGACAGAUACCACAUUCAGUAUGCAGUAUGCCCUGCGGUGUAGGAUUCCAAAAAUCCCUUCAGAAAGGAAAGGCUGUCUGCUGUUUUGAUUGUACCCCAUGUCCAGAUAAUGAAAUUUCCAACAUGACAGGCAUGGAUCAAUGUGUGAAGUGUCCAAAUGAUCAGUAUGCCAACACAGAACAAACUGACUGUCUAAAAAAAGUCAUGGAUUUUUUGGCUUAUGAAGACCCCUUGGGAAUGACUUUGGCCUGUUUGGCCCUGUGCUUCUCUGCUCUUACUGCUGUUGUGCUCAGUGUCUUUUUGAAGCACAAAGGCACUCCCAUUGUCAAGGCCAAUAAUCAAGUCCUCAGCUAUGUUCUGCUUAUCUCCCUCAUAUUUUGUUUUCUAUGUUCCUUGUUCUUCAUUGGCCAUCCCCAGAUGGCUACCUGCAUCCUACAGCAGACCACAUUUGCAGUGGUGUUCACUGUAGCUGUUUCCACUAUUUUGGCCAAAACAGUUACUGUAAUAAUGGCCUUCAAGAUCAUUGAUCCAAGAAAAAAGAUGAGAUGGGUAUUAGUAUCAGGGGCACCUAACUAUAUCAUUCCUGUCUGCACUAUAAUCCAACUGAUUUUUUGUGGAACCUGGCUAGCAACAUCUCCUCCAUUUGUUGACACUGAUUCAUAUUUUGAGCAUGGCCACAUCAUUAUUGUCUGCAACAAGGGUUCAGUUAUUGCCUUCUACUGUGUCCUUGGUUACUUGGGUUUACUGGCCCUGGGGAGUUUCACCGUAGCCUUCCUGGCCAGGAAUCUGCCUGAUAAAUUCAAUGAAGCCAAGUUCCUGACAUUCAGCAUGCUGGUGUUCUGUAGUGUGUGGAUCACUUUUCUCCCUGUCUACCACAGCACCAAGGGAAAGGCAACAGUGGUUGUGGAGAUUUUUUCUAUCUUGGCUUCCAGUGCAGGGUUGCUUGUUUGUAUUUUUGCUCCAAAGUGCAUAAUAAUUUUGUUCAGACCAGAGAUAAGUUCUGUACGAAAGUUCAGUGACACACGUUCUAAAACUGAAAAUUCUCCUUAA